GUUUGUUGCUGCGCCGCCGCCACCGCCCGAGCCAUGGUCCGCGCUCCUCUGUGCUUCUCCUAGCAGCAGCAGCCACUGCCGCCCUGCGCUCCCUGGCUUCGCCGCCUCGUCCCGCUCCCGCCGAGCCACCUGCUCCCCAGCGCUAUGACCGUUGUCUCUGUCCCGCAGCGGGAGCCGCUCGUCCUGGGCGGCCGCCUUGCGCCGCUUGGCUUUUCCUCCCGCGGUUACUUCGGGGCCCUCCCGAUGGUGACCACGGCUCCGCCGCCUUUACCCCGGAUCCCGGACCCCCGGGCACUGCCCCCGACCCUCUUCUUCCCUCACUUCCUAGGGGGAGACGGCCCCUGUGUGACCCCGCAGCCUCGCGCUCCGGCAGCUCUGCCCAACUGCAGCCUCGCGACGGCGGCAGGCACCCCUCGGGCGGCGCCCAAGAAGCGGAGAAAGAAGAAGGUGCGGCCCGGCGUGGCGGGCCAGCUGCCCAGCCGCUUCCACCAGUACCAGCAGCACCGGCCCAGCCUGGAGGGCGGCCGGAGCCCGGGGACGGGCCAGCACGGAGCGCCGGACGGCCCGGGCCAGGCCUCCGCCUCGGGCCCGGCUCCCGCGACGGCCGGCCGGACCGAGGGAGCGAGCCCGCCGCCCGGGGCGCUGCGGCCCGCGGCUCCCGACCCCGCCGCGCUCAGGAAGGAGGUUUUAAAAUCAAAGAUGGGAAAACCGGAACAAGUUGCCCUUGGCCACGGCCAGUUUGUAAAUGGUAUACACUUGAGUGAACAACCAAAGACAAACAGACAGAAAAGCAAAUACAACUUGCCAUUAACCAAGAUCACCUCUUCAAAGAGAAAUGAAAGUCACUUUUGGCAGGACUCGGUUUCAUCUGAUAGAAUUCAGAAGCAGGAAAAAAAGCCUUUCAAAAAUACUGAGAACGUUAAAAAUAUACAUUUGAAGAAAUCAGCGUUUCUAAGUGAAAUGAACCAAAAGGAAAAUUAUGCUGGAGCAAAAUUUAGCGAUCCGCCCUCUCCCAGCGUCCUUCCCAAGCCGCCUAGUCACUGGGUGGGAAGCACUGUGGAAAGCUCCCAGCAGAACCGGGAGCUGAUGGCGGUGCACUUGAAAACACUCCUGAAGGUUCAAACCUAAGGUUUCAGGUUUCAGUGUGUAUGUAAAACAUAUUUUUUUCCCUAAAAUUCCUGGACUCUAAAAUUGAUACAAAUGUGGAAAUUGACCUUGUUGCAUUGUAAGCAUACAAAAGAUGAGUUUUAAGAAGUUACAUGCAGCAGCUGUAUUAUAUUUUAUAUUUUGUAAAUACUGUAUACCAUGUAUUAUGUGUAUAUUGUUCAUACUUGAGAGGUACAUUAUAGUUUUGUUAUGAAAAUAUGUAUUUUGCCCUGCCCAUGGCAGGUGUUUUGUAUAUACAUAAUGGAGAAAUUUUAAGUGUGUGCUAAGGCACAUGGAAGACCAAUUUAUUUGCACAAGGUACUGAGAUUGUAUCAGAAACAGCUGUCAAAUCUCAAGGUGAAGCUCUAAAUGUGAACAGUUUACUAAUGCACUACUGAAGUUUAAAUCUGUGGCACAAUCAUUGUAAACAAUGGAGUUUUGUCUGUUUCUCUAAAUUGAUUUCUGCCUUCUAUAAUUACUGGAAAAACUCCUAUUCCCAUUUUUACCAAAUUUAAUUUUUUGUUUUUGGUAUAACCAUUAUUCAAAUUUAAAAUGCCUCUAAUUUCAAUUGCCAACAAAAUCGGUUGUAAUCAAAUUUUAAAGUAAUAAUAAUUUGGCCUCCCCCCUUU